UUUUUAACUUUCACCCUAAAAUAAUAAAAGUACUUAAAACCUCACACACAAGGUUAACUAAACUCGAUUCAAAUGAUUUGGCGUUGAAUCGAUCGAGGAAAUGGCACCUGAAUUUUAAACGACACUCCAUUCACAUUCUUCUCAGGUGUUCACUGAUCCAACUAGUUACUUAAUGAAGAAAAGUGACGUUGUCACUUAUCAGUUGGAGAAUAGCACAGUCCUUCAACGCUCCUUUUCUUCCUUGCCCCACCCCCCAGAUUGCUACUAGACAUUAAUUUUGAAGUCGUCGUUAAGGUCCCUAUUUAUUAGGAAUAGUUCUAAGAUAUGUUCAUCAUUAAUAAGGAAAUGAUCCAUCAUGUAACCAUUGAUUAGAUUUCUUUAUGAAGAUGUGUGGAACAUUAAGUGUUUAUUUGUCGUGCUCCAGGUUAAAAAACCUGAGGAGUAUCUACCAAAUGGAGGCACUCCAUUCAUCAAAAAGAAAAACAAAGAAGAUAUGAAAGAAUUCUGUUUCGGUCUUUCUUUUUAUAGAAAAGAGCCAAAAAUACCUCCAACGUAUGAAAAAGGGCUCACAAAUGCCCUCCAUCCACUUUUUGGUCUAAAAUACCCAACCUAUAUUUUGCCUCAAAAAUACCCUUCAAACUAACACCUAAAUCUGAUGGAUUUUUGCAACUUAAAAUAGCGACUUGAGUUAUUAUGAUUGACCACAUAUAUUACUUAAUUUUAAAAUUACACCCUCCCUCUUUUUAAACCCAAACCUGCUGACCCGUUUGAUUGAGUAGACCUAUUGUUUUUACACGUUUCUUAGCCUAACAAAGCGUCAGCUCAAAUUACAAGUUUUUCAGCAUAAAGGAAAUAACACAUCAAUUAAAAACUCCAGUCUCUAACCACUGAUGCUUAGUGUGAAUCAGCUACAAUUUAAACUCCCUGCAUUUUUGAAGCAAGGGGAAAUAGCUUCUAGUCCUCACUGCUAAGUCAUGUAUUGUAAGGCGAAUAAGCUCAUAAAAGUUGAACUCUUAGAGCCUGUUUAGAUGAUUUUAGUGCUUUUAGGCACUUUUGGAAUGUUUGUGGAAAUUUAAAAAGUGCUUAUAAGCACUUGGCUUUGGCUUUAGGCUAAAAUGGUAAAAAUAAGCCAAAAGCCAAUCCAAACGGGCACUUAAUCCAUUUGCAUGGGUAAUAAGGAAAAGAAAAACAAGAUAUUAGAGAUGGCUGGAAAUGCAAUUGUCGGUAUAGGACCGAUAUUAAAGAGGUAUCUUAACUCUUCUUUAAUAUGGGAGCGUAGACAUUAAUAUUCAUUGAGCCGGUACAAUUUGCUCUUGAAGAUGUUUUAAUGUAGUGUUAAACUAACAACAAUUUGCCUUUUAUGAAAUGGGUCAGGUGGAUGUAAUUUUCAAAUUAUCUAAUAUAUGUGGCAAUCAUAACAAGUUAUGUGGCUAUUUCAAAUUGCAAAAACCCAUCGGAAUUAGGGUGUUAGUUUGAGGGGUAUUUUUGAGCCAAAAUAUAGGUUGGGGUAUUUUUCGACCAAAAGCUAGAUGAAGGGUAUUUCUGGGCCAUUUUUCAUAUGUUGGGGUAUUUUUGGCCCUUUUCCAUAAAGAGAAAGACCCAAACAGAUUUUGUUUCAUUUCUUCUCUGUUUAUUCCAUUUGCAAGCCACUCCUCAGGUUAAAAAUCCCGAGCACAACAAAUUAGCACUUAUUGUUCCACACAUCUUCAUAAAGAACUCUAAUCAAUGGUUAAUAAAGGAUCAUUUCCUUAUUAAUGACGAAUUUAUGUUAGAGCUAUCUGUAAUAAAUAGGGACCUUAACGAUGACUUGAAAAUUAAUGCCUGGUAGCUAUCCUAGUUGCGGGGGCAAAGGAAGAAAAGGGAGCUAUGGCAUGGCGCUCCUGCUAUUUAAAGGCCCUUCUUUCCCAGAAAUGAUCGAUCUUGUGAAGACAUGGAUUUCAAUAGUUCGUCCAUGGAACUUCCAAAAUCCUCAUCAGCACUAUCUUCAGAUAUGCAAAGACCGGUUCAUAUGCAGAAAUCCAUGCCGAGUGACAAGAAAAUUCAGCAGGACGAAGAUGAAAGGGAUCCAAGGUUUAUGCUAAAAGAAGAACUCUCCUGUUUCUGGAAGCGACAAAAGGAAGAAAUUUUGCAUUCAGAUCUAAAGAGAAAACAUGAGCUGCCCAUCUCAAGGAUCAGACGGGCAAUGAAGUCAAAUGAUCAAGUAAAGAUGGUUAGUGCACAUUCUACUGUUUUGCUUGCCAAAGCAAUUGAGAUGUUCAUUCUCGAGCUCACUCGACGUGCAUGGAUGCAAUCUGAACAAGAAAAACGUCGAACUCUGAAGCGCUGUGACAUUGCUAGGGCCAUAAGGAAUGAAGAACUUUUCGAUUUCCUCAGUGACAUCGUUCCACUCCAGAACUACAAGGUGCAAGAGGCGGCAAAUGAUGUCCAAGGAAAUGAACUUCACCCAGCUCAUCAAAUGGUUAAACCUAAUAAUAAUUCACUACAAUCCCAUUUUCAGGUGCACGCGGAGGCAAAUGAUGGCCAAGGAAAUGAAUUUCGCCCAACUCAUCAAUUGGUUCAACCUAAUAACAUUCCACUACCGUGCCAAUUUCAGGUGCAACAGCAGACAAAUGAUGGGCAAGGAAAUAUGUUUGACCCAGCUCAUCAAUUUGUCCAACCUAAUAACAUUCCACCACAGUACCAAUUUCAGGUAAAAGAGGCGGCAAAUGGUGGCCAAGGAAAUGAAUUUCACCCGGUGUAUCAAAUGGUUCAGCCUAAUAACAUUCCAGCCUCCUUCACCAGCACCCAAGGAAUUCCAGCGCCUCUCAUGUCACCACCUCUAUUUAAUUUUUCUCCUGAAGAUGAGUUCAUCAUUGAUGGAUUCUUAAUGGACUAUAAGGAGGGACUUUAAAGUGCAGAUUUAAACUAAGUUCUGUUUCUUCAGUCAUUACCAUUUUCCUUUGUUGGUGUUCUGCCUUUUCAAUAGGCCAUCCUUUAGACUCUUUAAUCGACCGAAUAAAAAAGGUGUUGUGUUUAAGGACUUACCAUACUGCUGAAAAAAUGCAGUGUUUGUGUUAACUGGUGUAAUCUUUGCUUGUGUUCAGUGUUUUGAAUAAAUAAACACUUCAUUGAGAGGUGAAUUUUAAGUCUUCUUAUUGAAACAUGUUUGCUUCUGGA